CCCGGAGGGCGCCCCGUGAUAGCGGUGGGCGUCGGGGGCCUCAGGGGGAGCCCAGUCCCGGAGCCGCUCCCCUGGCUACGGGGCAGUGAAGGGGACCUCAGCGGGGAGCCUGCCGCCUGCCCCGCUUUGGUCUCAGGGUCAGGUGCUGUCACCUGAACCUGCACAAAGGUGUCCCCGAGGCGUGUCCCUGCCCCAAACCGUCCUGUCAACGAGUGCUGCGCGGCUCUGGGAUUUGUAUUUGGGGUGGAACGGGGAAAUAAAAGUGCUGACUGAACAACCCCCAGUGUGAGCCCGAGCUGUGCAGGGCCAGGGGUGAGCUAUUUUCAGCCCCGCUCCGGUGAAGGAUCCGAGGGGCAUGGGGGGAGAUUGACGGGACACGUGUGCGGGACGGCGCUGGCCCCUUCCCAGGAGCAGAAUCAAAUGUCUAAUCAUAGGCUGGGCAGCAGCUGGGAGCGCAGAAGAGUGGGGAAGGCUGGGCUUGAUGGUCUCUACUCUCCUCUGGUGUGCGUGAAGUUGAAGGAAGAAGUGAGGAGAGGGCCUUUGGGGGACUGGGGAGUCGUGACGUGAAUGGUGAAGAUGGGAAGGGGAAAUACUGCCUGUUAAAAACCGGAGUCUGUUUUGGCGUUGGGAAGACAAAAUAUCCGAAGCGCAGAAGUCAUGGGAGCUGAGGAAGAAAUGCUCAUCACACUGUCUGGAGGUGCCCCCUGGGGCUUCCGGCUGCAAGGGGGCUCUGAGCAGAAAAAACCCCUUCAGGUGUCCAAGAUCCGAAAGAGAAGCAAAGCAUGCCGUGGAGGCCUGUGGGAAAAUGAUGUGCUAGUAUCUAUCAAUGGAAAGUCGUGUGCUGGCCUCUCCCAUGCUACUGCCAUGCAGAUCAUUGACUCCUCCAACGGCAUGCUCAACAUCCGGGUGAAAAGAAUAGUUGGUGGGGACCAGACUGGCCCGUGGCUGCAGCGCUCCCCUUCCCCGGGGCAGCGAGUGCUCUCCCCGCCGUCCCCACUCAGCCCCCCAGCGCAGCUGCUGAGCUCCAGGCCGGCAGGAGCCCCGGCCACCAUGCAGCCUCCGCCUCCGCAGCCCCGGAAGGCACAGAGGCACCUGGAGAGCCUCACCUCCCCGCCUGACAGCGAGGCCUACUACGGUGAGACUGACAGCGAUGCCGACAACAUGGCCCAGGAGAAGCACCGCCGGGCCCGCAAGAAGAGCCCGCGCUCCCCACCUGGCAGCACCAACAGCAAGGUGGACGUGACCCAGGACGAGGUGUCCCUAUCCGAACAGAGUGGCUAUGAGAGCACGCCAGAGGCCACUGCGCAGGGGGGAGCCGAGGUGGCCAGCUCCAGUGGGGUGGCCAAGAGGGAGAUUGCCUGCCCGCCCAGCAGCCGCACGGACACGCCGUUCUCGGAGAGCGAAGGAGCGCUGUGGCCACCCUCAGCAGAGGGGCGGGAGCCUUCCCCGGAGGCGAUGCUCCUACCCCACGCCACCAAGGCUAUCCGAGCGGAGCGCCACCUCAUCCCCAUGGUGGGGCCCGUGGAGCACCCAGUUGAUGAAGACCUGACCACCACAUACGCAGAGAAAGCCAAGCAGGCCAAGCUCCACCGCCACGAGAGCAUCCAAGAGAAGAAUGUGAAAGAAGCCAAAACCAAGUGCAGAACCAUUGCAUCCCUGCUGACAGACGCACCGAACCCCCACUCCAAGGGGGUGCUGAUGUUCAAGAAGCGUAGGCAGAGGGCCAAGAAGUACACAUUGGUAAGCUUUGGGAGUGUCGACGAAGACCGCUCUUACGAGGAGGAAGACGGAGUUUUUCCAACCAGUGAAUCUGAAUUUGACGAGGAAGGUUUCUCUGAUGCCCGAAGCUUAACAAAUAACUCAGACUGGGACAACACUUACCUGGACAUUGAAAAGUCCAAGUCAGACUCUGAGCAGAAAGAAGAGAAGCAAAAAGGUUUGAGUGAGGCCUCAGGUAAAGGAGCCCGCUUAUUUGAGCAGCAGAGGGAACGUGCUGGAAAGUACACAGUAGAGAAAGUCCCUGCAGAGAAGAGCCCCCAGCUUGCCCCAGCUGUGCAGCCGCAGCCAGGCAUGCUGAAUGGAGAGAUGCUUGUGCCACAGAAGACAAGCAGUGUGCCCCUCAGCAUCCACCUGGAAGGUGUGCAAGUGCCCAGCAAGCAGCCAGCCACUCUGCCCGCUCCGCUCCUGGCUCCCUCCAGCCCCACUGUCUUCCAGCCACCCCCCGGCACCCCUGACCCCUUCUCUGCAAGCACGGCCAGUAUGUUCAACAGAUCUGCACGGCCUUUCACUCCUGGCUUUUCUGGCCAAUGCCCAGCGACAUCCUCUGUCAUCUUCAGGCCGUCUGUACCCAAAAAAAACACUGAAAUCCUGGGUGGGCAAAGCACGGCAGUUCCCCCUUUCUCACCUCAGGCUCCAGGAUCACCUGCCAGUGCCCCAGUGCCAGCACACCACGGUCCAGUGAGCUCCUCCACAUCUCUGUAUAUUCCUGCACCAGGAAGGCCAACGCCACUGCUAGAAUCACAGCCAAGAGUGGGAGGAAGCGCUCCAGAGGCUAAGCCUUCCACCAACACUGCCCGGACAUCCACUGCCUCUAUAUUUCUGUCAACUCCCUCAAAGCCAGGAGGGGAGGUGGCCUCUGCAGCAUCCCAGCCACAAGCCCCUGGAACAGCCUCUUCGUCUUUGUAUAUCAGCCCAGCACCAUCGCAGCACCCCAGCUCCCCACUGCCAGUGCAGCCUUCUCCUGCCACCUCACCAGCAACGCCACGGCCUCCUUCCGAGCCCUUAAUCUCCAGGGAGCAGAGGAUUGCUGUGCCGGCUCCCCGCACAGGCAUCCUGCAGGAGGCUCGCCGGCGGGGCAACAAGAAGCCCAUGUUCAGUAAGAUUGAGGAGAAGAAGAAGAACUCACCCAACCCCGAGCUCCUGUCUCUGGUGCAGAACCUGGAUGAGAAGCCAAAAGGUGACCACCCUGGGGCAGGCUUUGAGUCUGGGCCUGAAGAGGACUUCCUCAGCCUGGGUGCCGAGGCCUGCAACUUCAUGCAGUCCUCUGGCCGCAAGUUCAAAACCCCACCUCCAGUGGCUCCGAAGCCUCAGCAGCAAGAUGCUGGACUGGUAAAUGGGGCCCACGACAUGCCUCAGCUUAAAGGGAAGGGGGCAGAGCUCUUUGCCAAACGCCAGAGCCGCAUGGACAAAUUUGUGGUGGAGACAACGCCAAAGCCGGAGUCCAAGCCCAGGACCCCUUCUCCUUCCCCUUCUCUACCUUCAUCCUGGAAAUAUUCACCCAACAUCCGGGCUCCCCCUCCAAUAGCUUACAACCCAAUGCAUUCCCCUUUCUAUCCUCUGGCAGCCAGCAAGUCUCAGGCUAGCAAAGCAGAGAGCAAAGUGAAAAAGGCACCUGGCCAGAAAUCAGGGCUCAAGGUCAUCAAUUUCAUGUGCCAUCAGCCCUAUCAAUUAAAGUCAGCCAUGUUCUGUUUUGGAGAUCCCCCAAGCCCUAGCACGCAGGAGUCUCCUGCUCAGCCAGCCCAGCAGGCCGGCUCAUCCUUUACCGUGGCCAAGCAGGUCCCAGUGAAAACAGCCAAGACCCAGGAGGUUCGUCGCUUCUCCACCCCGGCUCCCACGCCAGCCUCAGGCAGCAUGGCACCCACUGUGCUUGUGCCCCGCUCAGCCACCAUGUUGGAUGAACCAGUGUGGAGAACAGAAAUGGCCUCUUCUGCCCCUGCUACCCCAGCGCCCUUCCAGGUGGAGCUCAGCCAGUCCCCUAAGCCAUACCAGAGCUCCCCUGAGCUUGGUCAGGCAAGCCUGCGGCCCUCCCCAAACCCUGCCUCAGCCUCUCGGUUUCAGGUGGCCAGGCCCAAAUUCUCAGCAGCUAGAACGGGGAUGCAGGCCAACGUGUGGAGGCCGAGCUUUGGCCACCACUGAGGCAGGCACCACUACCAUCCCAUCCAUGGCCCCACAGAGAUAGUGCUCAUUUUGUCUUUCAUGUCAGCUCAGUACAUUGGGGUGAGUGAUGUAAAAUGAAGAAAAGAGAAAAAAAAUUACUCCCCUUCUGCACCACCCUCUCCCCCAACCUCCCCUUGGUCUCAGAUGGGCAGCUUCAUGGCAAGGCUUAUGGCUGUGUCUACAGAUGGAGGAAGAAUGUGGAGAGAGGGCAUGUGUGGUACACAGGGACUGGGAACUUGACUGCAUCAGCAAAACCCAUGUCUGGAGAGGGCAAAUGGCGGGUGUUGUCUCAACGAGGACAUGCAGUGGUUUCCUCCCAAGGUCUUUGGAGUCAACACUGAAUGAGGGGCCUUGGUGGACAAGAGCCUUCCAGGAAGGAAGGGUUAGAGACAGGAUUACAAAACAGAAGUCCUACCUUUCCCAUUAGACUGCUUUUUUGAGAGCCUGUGAGUCUGUGUAUAGGCACACCCAUACACACACACAGCAGCAGUCAGCAGGGAGAGAAAGGAGAAGUGGGGCUCUGCCUUGGACACUUCUGCCAGAUCUCCCUCCAUUGCAAAGGAGGCAAGAGAGCAGAGUGGGGGGUUUGCACGUGCACAUGUAGGCAGUGUGUCCUGUUCCUCUGGUUGCCAGGUGGGGAUUGAAAGAAACAGUCAUCCUAGCUGGUGAGAAACUCAGCCAUCAGAUCUGGGAGCAGCAUGCCAGAGGGGUGUUGAAUGGACUUGGUGGGGCUACCACAAGUCCCCCACAGAAGGAGCUAUUAAUUUUUGGAGAUAUACAAGGAGCAAAGCUAAGCUCAGGCAGUGGCUGGUUGGCUCCAAGCAGUCCCUACAGCAUUAGUCUUACUGGAACAGGAUACAGAUGCUGUACGUAUAAAGAAGGAUUGUGUGGGAGAAGGUAAAGUUGGCUUUAAAAGGAGGCAGGAUUGAAUAAGCAUUUCCAUUUCAGCUUUUUGUUUAGUGGACAGAAGAGUGGCUAGAUUGGAAAUGGGUCUUGACGUAAAACUUCCUGAAAACACUCUGUUGAGCUGGAAGAUGGAGCCCCUUAACAGACAGUCUCAGCAGGAGAGUGGAGUACAGGGAAACAGAGUCACAAAUGGAAUUUCAUACUAAAUGAUUUAAGUAUCCUCAGGACUGAUUGAUAAAAACUGAAGUGUUCUGAGAUUCCCAGAGGAACUGCAUUCUCACACACACAUACAGAGCUCAGUUUGCUGGCAGUGCUGGGGAAAUAGGACUGGUUAUUCUUUGAUUGCCUCAGGCUAACCUCAGACCUAAUCCCUACACCAAAAGUAUACAAGAAGAAAGCAUUCCCUCUCCCAAGAAAGAAUUCAGGUUAUCAGUAGGGUCUGUGCAUGUGUAUGUGCCCAUCACCUAUGCUCUAGUCUGUACAACCCCCUGACAUUUGUUUUUCUGCCCUUGCUCCCUCUUUUGUGGCAGCCUCACAAAGUGGGCUGGAGAACCCAGCUAGCAACUCUAGUCCUGGACAACCCUGAGAGGGAGGGAAUGAGAGAAAAGGAAAAGCAAUACACAACCCUGCAAGGUCCCUUUGAAUCCUUCAUGUCUGGCUGGCCUCGCUCUGCAGGCCUGUGUUUGCAGUGCACAUCGCUGGGAGCCCUGGAAUGUAGGAUGAGCAUGCUGGGGAGGAAGGAGGACAGCAGUUACAACUCUCUUGGAAGACUUUCAGCCAUGGGAGAGGUUGGAGAAAAAAAACUUAGGACAUGCCC